GCCGUUCUCAUACCCUCACCGUGGUCCUUCUGCGUCCGGUUAAACGUCGCGAUUAAAUAUUAAAUUCCAAAGCACACGAACGUUCGAUAUCGCACACUCCCCUCUGCAGCUGGAGAAUAAAGAAUUCCACAUUCUUCGACUGGAUUAUACCACGUCUGCUCGCACGUCAUCGGGAGGUCGAUAAUAAAACAAAUCGGCAAGUGCAGGUAGUAGUAAGGAGAGUGACCGGAGGAGAUAAGGAAAGGAAAGAUAACAAUCAUUGAAAUGCGGACCAGUGAUCAGUGACGUUAGAUAUUAAUCUUCGGGAUAAACAAGUGAAUCCGUACAUUCGGUUGGCUGGCAAUUGCCACCGAAAAGUUAUUUCUGUCUGCCGAAAAUUUUAUUUAUCGUUAUCGUCGAACCGUCGAAGUACAUAUACGAUCAGCCGACACUUUCAAGUUUUCCGCCGGGGGAGGAGAAGGAUCGUCCCGAAGAAGAAUAAACGCAUAACAUCGUCAUGUGGUUGAGAACCGCCCUCCUGGUAUGCGGUCUGGUAGCUGCCGUUUUGGGGAACGACGAUAUCCUCGUCGAGCCAAAACCUGGACAAGAAUAUGUCCAGUUCGAUUCAUCCCUCGGUGAAUUGGCGCGGGUGCAGAGCCGGGCGAUUCCGGUUGAAGCCUUCGUCACAUCGCACAAGAUACCCGAAGGUAUAUCACCGCCGUCUGAGGAGGACGAGGAAAAGGAUGUGGAAAUUGCGAUGGAGGCUCAACUGGCCGAGGAGGUGCUUCAGCGCGCUAAGGAGAGCCUGCUGAAGAAAUCUGGAAAGAAAAGUUCAGAGCAAAUAAAAGAGUCCGCUCAACAAUUCCCUGAAAUCGAACAACAGGAUUCCGGUGUGAAGAAAAAUGGUUCGAAAAGACAAGCUCGCGUUCAACUUGAGACCUUCAGUGAUUCUGGAGUUCUUUCGGAAGACGGGAUUAAAAAGAUAGAGCUCGCAAGGGCGAAGUUCGAGAGCCAAACCGACGCCGUUAUUCCCGGAGUACAAAUUAGCCCAGAGAAUCCUACGACGAUGACCCCAGUCCUAACGACACCUCGCGAAGUUAGGGCGUUCGAUUUUGUGCCGGUUAAUAUAAUCCAAGAAGAUAGCAAGGACGCGUACACCCCGUGGAGCGAUCGUCACUUCGGCGACCUCAGUGACGUCAGUCUGGUACCGGCAGGAUCAAAUUCCCGCAUCCAGGUCAAGAAAGGACCGAAUGGUAAGGACUACGAGUACGAAUACGUCUAUUAUUACUACGACGAAGAGGAUGAGGGCAAAGCUGGCUCGCAAACGAACGCCAACUCGAACGAUGCGAGUCCUGUUAAAACGACGCCUUUGCCGGCGCCGAAACGCGGUUCUUCCAGUGGCAGGAACAAGUACGCCUCGAUCGAAAGGACAACGACCGUGGAACCGGUAAGCAACGAGAUCAUCCCUAGCAGAUCAUCGAGUAACAGAGGAAGACAAGCUCCCGAAACUGAAGAUGCGACGGAAGAAAGACUGCCCACCAACACCAGAUUCCCACCCAGGUCCAGAUCGAACCACAACACGGGAACGACUGAAUCGAGCAGAGGCCGAGGAAAUCGGCCGAGACCGAGCCUUGAUCUCGUAGAUUCCAGCAGCUUUAGAACUCACCAAGAAGGUCCAGAAUUUCCUCAAAAUCUACCUAAGGGGCCUCUGAGAUUUCUCGGAGUUACACCGAACGAGGAAUCGAUUGAAGAGAAACCUGUGAGUCGAGGACGUACGAGAGCAUCCAAACCCGCGGAACCCGCUCCGGUGGAAGAACCAUCGGAAGAGACUUUUGUAUCGCACAGACGACGACCAGUUGCAGCUAAACCCGAGGUUGAAAUUGAGCUGAACAGAGGACAACCGACGCAUUCUUCCGUCGAAGAAGAUGACGAGGACAUCGAGCCGACCGUCGCGACGCCAAAAACUGACUCCUCAACAAUAGCUGCAGAAAGUGAAGAGGACCCCGCGAGUGUGGAAUACAACGUCUCGAAAGAGCAGGAUCAGUCCACGGAAACAUCGACGAUGGAAAUUCCGACGACGGAAAAUCCAAACGCAGCUAUGGACAAGGUCGCCCUCGAUCUCUACGCCUUCCUCCUUCAGGGUCAGAGCAAUCUAGUCGAUGCCUCCACCGUAGAUACUGACACCGAAGACGAAACAACCCCUGCCGAAGAAGAUGCCACCACCGACGCACCGACCACCACCGAAAUCCCAACCACAACUACCGAACCCACUACAACUACGACCACAACCGAACCGACCACCACUACCACAACCACGGAAGCAACAACUACGACUACUACUACCACUCAAGUUCCAGUUGGCAGAGGUAAAUUCAGGAGACCUGGAGCAGUUGGAGGAAUCGGUACGAGAAACAGAUUCAGGUCGAGCGGUUCGACCAGUACGACAUCAGAAGCUCCUGCACCUGCGGAAGAAAAAACGCCUCGACCGCGCAGUCGAUUUGGAGCGAAUGCAGGUGGAUUCAAACGACCACGUCCCGGACAACGUCAGUCCUCCGAGCAGGCGGCUGGAGAGGAAGAAAUUCAGAAGGAAACGAGAAACUCGGUAAACGCCGAGAGACCGAGUCUUCCGUCUCGUAACAGAUUCCGUGGCGCUGUUUCAAGACCGUCAGCAGUUUCACCCGCUCCCGUAAACUCGGAAGAGUCUUCGAGUACAAUAACGGAAGCCACUUCUUCGUCGGUUAUCCGCCCGUCUCUGAAUAGGCUCAAUCUUAACCGCAGAAGAGGAAGACCGACGACCGCAUCGCCAACGACCAGCGAGGAAUCUCAAGCUUCGGGAGAAAGUGCACAAGCCGACAGUUCCGACACAGUUAGCACAACGGCCAAACCAGCGCCGAAAGCAAGACUUCCUGGGACGGGACCCAGACCGCUCAGACCCGGACCCAGAAUUAAUCCAAGACUGAGACCUGGACUCACUACGUCAACUACCGCGGCGCCUGAAAUCCCGGAACCUUCCGUCGAAGAACCUGCUGGCGCUGAAACUGAAGAAGAAUCCCACGAGACCUCAGCAGAAACGAACCCGCCAGCGCCAACGACUCCUGAAAGUCCUUUGACGAGGUUGAGGAACAGACAUCGGCUACAGGUCCACGCAAAAGCUCCUCGCACCACGCCUCCUGCACCUGUAAGGAGAUCGCCACUUUUACCGAAAAGGAAGACCACCGAAGCACCAUUACCAGAAAUAAGCAAUGAGCAGUCUUCGGCGGAGGAUUCGGACGCUGAAGGAGCGCCAGCAGAAAAUCCGAUUCCAGCAGAAUCGAAUGCGGCCGAAGCUGUUCAAACUCAAGAAGAACCAAGCAAUAAGGGACUCGGUGGGCUUCUGGCGCCAAGACGUAGGAUAGCCCCAAGACGUCCCGGGCAACUUAUAUCGAGGGAAUAAACGGUAUUAUUAAUUCAACUGUGUUACACAACGUGAUUUAUUGUGGCGCGGUUAUUUAAUUUAUCGUAAUUAAGGAUAUCCGUUUUAGGUUUUAACUACCAAAAUAUUAAUUUUCAGAGCUUAUCCGCCUUUUACUAUACGCCUGCGACGAGAUUAUAAUCGACCCUAAAAUCUCGUAAGAAUGUGUGAUUUCUUGUUGUGUGGUUGUUUCGUUUUACUCCGAAAUUAUUUAACUUCAUGGAUUUCUUUUCUCUAUGCCAUGCAUUCUGUCAAUUCUAUAAUCAAAUGUGACACUUUCUACCCUCCUUCCUCCAUGGCAUCGUCAAGAAUGAUGAUUCGACAUCAACUUUUGAAAAUAGUCAAGUUAAUGAGCAGAAUAUGGUUUCUACAACAAAUACGAACUAGAUGAGAAAUAAAUAAUUAACAACCGAUAUCGCUGAAAUGAUAUCGGGGGACUUUCAAUCGUGUGAUGAUUAUUAUAAUAUUAUAUCGUAAUAUAUUUAAUUCGACUUAUGUAAUUGAUAUUAUACGUGUGCACUCCUAUUUAAUUAUUAACUCUAAAUGCAAUUAUGAUAUUAUCAUUAUUAUUUUAUUAUUAUUAUUAUUAUUAGUAUUAUUAUUGUAUGCGAUGUUUACUGAUAAAUUAGUUUUAAUAUUACCUACGAUACGAUCAUUGAUUUGUAUGUGUAGUAUUUUUUUAACGCCUAUAAUAAGACAUGAAGUUUUGCCCGAUGCAAUAACGUUGUGCCUUAAAAACUAUUGCAUUAUUUUCAUUAUUGUAAUAUCUCCAAAACGUUGUAAAUAUAUCAAUUUUGAUUGAAAAUACAUGAUAGAACAGUGAACAUA